AUGGCCAUCUCUCUCGUGUGCAUUUUCUGCCUCUUUGUAUCUGCAGCAGUGGGGGAAACGCCUUCUGCACCCACUCGCAGUCCUAACCACUACCGUCUCCGCUACCGCGAGCCCAGUGGCUGCGAACCAGACAACUGCAAUUAUUUCGUGGGGAUAGACUCGAACGAAGGAGACUCGUCCUUCCUUGAUGUCUACCUCGUCGGCAAGGCGAAAGGAUGGGUGGCUGUGGGCUUCUCCGAGACCUCUGAUAUGCCCAAGACAGAUGUGGUAGGCUGCAGUGUGGAGACGGCUGAUAGUACACAGGUCCUGGUGAUUGAUACAUACAACCCCGAAUACUACAAUGAGGUUGACGACUCUGAAACUCGUGGAAACGCGAGCGAUGUUGUAACUUAUAUCAAAGAGUCAGUAGAUGGAAGAAUUAGAUGUGUGUUUAGCAGAAGAAUCAAAGGUCUAGACCCGUACCCUCAAGACGUGCCACUAAACAGAACUCUCUACUUGGAGUUUGGUCGAAGCAAUAUAGGACGAGAUUCUGCCAAAGUUACUAAAUUUGCAUACCACGACCUGGGAGAACCUGUAAUCAGCUUCAAUCAGUAUAAUCCAGCCAACCACCGUGGAGAGAUUGUGAAUGCAAGACCCGACAUCAUUACUGAGCCUCAAGGAGUCCCUACUGCCCCAACCCGCAAUGCAAGUGAGUAUCGUCUCCACUACCGCCAGCCACACGGAUGUCAUCCCAAGGACUGUGACUACUUUGUUGGAAUUGAUACAAACGAGGGGGACCCCUCUUUCCUCGAUUUUUACCUCGUUGGCAAGGCAAAUGGCUGGGUGGCUGUGGGCUUUUCAAAGACAGCUAACAUGUUCAAGACAGACGUAGUGGGCUGCAGUGUGGAUGUGAAAGGAACAUGGGUACUGGCAGUUGACACCUACAACUCACCAGAUGGCAAAGUCAAUAAGCUGGAUGAUUCUGAGGAGGCUACCAACGGAGAAGCUGUUGAUAUCAUAGCUUAUACCAGAGAAUAUGCUGACGGCGUCAUCCGAUGCACAUUUAGUAGAGAGAUUGAAGGUAUUGACCCUUGCCCCCAAGACUUUCUACUAAACCACAGCUACUACCUUCAGUUUGGACGCAGUGAUAAAGUGAGAGACACAGCCAAUGUCUCCAACUUCCACUUCCAUGAUAUCGGGACUCCUACAAUCAGCAAGUCAACGUACAAUCCUGCCAUGAGCCACGGAGAGAUUGGAGCCUCCAACAUGAGAAACAACCUUAUCCUGGCCCACGGAAUUCUCAUGCUGAUAGCCUGGCCUCUCCUCUCCUUUGUGGCCAUCUUCUUUGCAGCCUGGAUGAAGCCAGCUCUGCCCAACGGAGAGUGGUUCCAGAUCUAUUUCUUGUUAAUCCUCUCAUCUCCCUCUGUCGGUGCUAAACCUAGUGGCAAGAACCGCUGGAUAUUCAAUGUGGUGCAUGGACUGAUAAUUGGCUAUGGUCUCCAUAUACUGGCCUAUGUGUCCAUGGGGCUGGGAGUGGCCAAGUUUGAUGAAGAACACACCAACCACAAAGACCAGGCCCUGGUGUGGCUCUAUGUCGCCAUUGCUGCCUUCUCUCUCCUCUUCAACUUUGGCCUCUUCCUCCUCUUCACUGGAGAAGCCACUCUCUUCAGAAGAGACGUUCGUAACAUUGCUCCGUCUGUGGUGGGCAUGCUCUGGAAGUGCUGCAGCAAGUACUCUGAGGUCGGGUCAUCGCCUGAGAAGAUGGAACUGGAGGACUCAGCCAGAGACCCAUCCAACACCAAUCUCCUCUCCUCUUCUUCCUCCACCUCCCCUCCCAAGAAACCAUCGGCAGAUGCCCCCCUUCGUUGGGUUGCUCUGAUCAUAGUCCUGGCCAUUCUAUUGCCAGCUGUGAUUACCCAAAUCUCCCUCAUGAUAACUAGGAGCAACCACGUCUGA